AUGCCUCCCGCACAUAGUGAUGAAGAUUUGCUUAAGUACGCAAUGGAAUCAUAUGUCGCUGACAUCAACCAAGAUGGUGGACGCACAACCAUCAUAUUCACUUUGAAAGAACAAGCUGGAGCUUUAGCUGAAACGCUUAAAGUCUUUCAGGCUCAUCAAGUUAAUUUGUCUCAUAUCGAAUCGCGACCAUCCAAACAUCACAACGGAUGUUAUGAGAUUCUGGUUGAAUGUGAGGAAAAUGCUGAACAAACCAAGAUUGAAGAAAUCAUUCAACUGUUCAAGAAACGUGGAGAUGGAUUGAUCGUUCAAGAUUGGAAUGCUAAGAGCAAGCAAAACAAAGACUCUGUACCAUGGUUCCCAAAGAAAAUUUCUGAAAUCGAUCAAUUCGCUAAUAGAAUCUUGAGCUAUGGAGCUGAAUUGGAAUCUGAUCAUCCCGGUUUUACUGAUGAAGUUUAUAGAAAAAGAAGAAAAUACUUUGCUGACAUUGCCUUCAACCAUAAACACGGAGAUAAAAUUCCUCGCAUCGAGUAUACGGACCAAGAAAAAGAAACUUGGAAAACGGUCUACAAUCAGCUUACAACACUAUACAAGACACAUGCUUGCAAAGAAUUCAAUUACAUCUUUCCACUUCUUCAACAGAAUUGCGGAUUUGGAGCUGACAGCAUUCCACAGCUUCAAGAUAUAUCUGACUUCCUUCAUGAUUGCACUGGUUUCACUUUACGUCCAGUAGCUGGCCUUCUCUCAUCACGUGAUUUCCUUGCCGGUCUAGCUUUCCGUGUAUUCCAUUCAACACAAUACAUUCGUCAUCAUUCUGAUCCCAAAUACACUCCAGAACCAGACAUCUGUCAUGAACUUCUCGGACACGUUCCUCUCUUUGCUGAUGUCGAAUUCGCACAAUUCUCUCAAGAAAUCGGUUUAGCUUCCCUCGGUGCUUCAGAUGACACCAUUUCACAACUCGCUACACUUUAUUGGUUCACAAUCGAGUUCGGUUUGUGUGAUGAGAAUGGCGAGAAGAAGGCCUAUGGAGCCGGUUUACUCAGUUCAUUUGGUGAACUCCAAUACUGUUUAAGCGAUAAGCCAGCCGUUGAGCCAUUUGAACCAUCAGUUACAUCAAAGACCAUCUAUCCAAUCACUGAGUAUCAACCAAAAUACUUCCUGGCCGAAUCAUUUUCAAAUGCAAAGAACAAGUUGAAAGCAUGGGUAUCAACGAUUCCUCGUCCAUUCCAAGUUCGUUACAACGCAUACACACAACGUGUUGAAGUAUUAGACAAGGUUUCUGAGAUUCAGAGAUUGGCCCGCGAAAUCAAGAGUGAAAUCACAACUUUGGAAGAAGCUCUUGGAAAGGUUGGUCCUCUUCUCUAA